AUGGCGGACGGCGACUUAUGGCGCGACCGCAACAAAGUGUUUGUCGCAGGUCUUCCGCCCCACGUCGACGACAAUGCGCUGUACGAGAAGUUCCAACCGUUCGGUGCAAUGCACCAGUCGAAAGUGGUCUCCGACCCCAAAACCGGUCGCUCGAGAGGUUUUGGGUUUGUCACGUUUUGCGACUAUACGAACGCACUGGACGCCGUGGAUCGAGUGAACCAGACAAAGUGGGACAAACGGGUGCUCAAUGUGCGCUUUUUGCAGCCCAAAGGGACGACGAACGGGUUGAGUUUGACCACUGGCCAUCGAGACAACAAAAGAGGUGCACCUGGUGCAGGAACCCGACCUGUGAAAGCCAUUGGACCGCGGCCCGAAGGCUGUACGACCGUUUACGUGGGCAAUUUGGCCUACGGCAUUACUGAAGAAGUCCUACGGAAAGUAUUUGACAAGUGUGGCAGCAUCCGCGCCGUGCGGUUUGCCGAACACAUUCAGACCAAAGAGUUUCGCGGUUUCGGGUACGUGCAAUUCCACGAAGAAGGACCGUGUGAAGCUGCGAUCAAGUUGGACGGGAUGGUGGUCAUGGGCCGCCCCAUGACCAUUGACUACGGGGCUCGAGACGAGGGGUUUGCUCACGCGCGGGAAGAGCUCCAGAAGAAGCUGAAGAAGGGCAUUUGCCAUAAAUUCCAGCAAGGUCAAUGCACGCGUGGCGACGCGUGCAAGUUUGCCCAUGUGAUGCAAGGUCAGGAUGCGGAAGAGCUGGUUCAACCGGCGGAACGACCCGUUGGUGGCAUUGCAACGCCUGGUGCUGCUUUGCUCGGACAAGCGGACACAAGUUCUUGGAUCGCCGGGGGUGAUCAAGAUAGUCCCCAAGUUACGUCGGACGCACCGAUUUGCAUCAAUUUCCGAAAGGGCAAGUGCAAACGCGGUGCAGCUUGCAAGUUCCAGCACUUGCGUGAAGGUGACAGCGCUGAAGCGACUGCAAUGGAAGAGAUUGGAAUGGCGGACGUGCAGACGGAGAGUGAGGUGGUGGAAGAAGUUUUGCACGAACAAGAGACGAUGGCUGAGGACGCAGCACCAGUGUGUCAGAACUACCAGAAAAGCAAGUGCAAGCGUGGAGCAGCAUGUCGCUUUCGCCAUGUGACGGCACCAGCAGGAGGUGAUCAUGAACUCAAGGGGACAAGCUGGAAAGCGCCUGUUCGCGUCGUGCUGCCGGUUGCUGCAGUCGCUGAAGUGGCUGUCUGCAGGAAUUUCCAGUCGGGAAUGUGCUCGCGAGGGGCGUCGUGUCGAUUUGCACACACUGGGUACGUGCCGCAGACAGCUCCGCUGAUUGCAGUCGAAGAAGUCAGCGAGUACCAAAAACGAUUUCAAAGCGUGUGCUACAACUGGCAGCGUAGUGGAUCCUGCGCACGUGGCAAUGAGUGUCCGUUCCAGCACGACCAAGGAGGUAUAGCUACUUCGCAGAGCAAGCCGACUGGAAAAGCAGCGACGCCGCUUGGCAAAAGAGGAGACAAGGAAAAAGAGGGCAAGACAUGCGAAGCAGACGAUGAUGCGGUGACAGAUGGAGAAGAAGUCGAUACAGAGCGUUCCAAAAAGCACAAGAAGAGCAAGAAGGACAAGAAGCGCAAGGCUGAUGAAGUGGAGGAAGCUGAUUCGAAGAAGUCUGUAAAGGAUCGCAAGAAGAGUAAGAAGCGCAAGGUUGAUGAAGGGGAGGAUGCUGAUUUGAAAAAGUCCGUAACGGGUCACAAGAAGAGCAAGAAGGACAGGGCUGAGAAAGAAGACGGUCGUGGUCAUGAUACAAAGGAAAAGCUCAAGAAGGACAAAAAGCACAAAAAGGACAAGAAGGACAAGAGCCACAAGAAGGUUAACGAGCGUGACUGA